AUGGCCCUUGCCCUUGUGGCGGCGACGAUGCUGCCGGUGGCCUUCGCCCAGGACGCGGAGGGCUACGAGGAGGAUGACUUUGACCUCUACGGUGAGGACGGCGGGGCUGGCCUCGAGCUCGGUGGCGAGGAGGAGGCGGCGGCUGUCCAGUCGUACGCGCACCCGGAUGUGACCACCUCGAUCCUGUUUGAGAACCACAUGGACAAGGAGUUCCCGCCUGGUGAGACCGUCGACGUUGUCGUCGGUGUCUCUAACGGUGCCAACACCGAGAUCAAUGUGACGUACAUCACGGCCUCGCUGGUCAUGCCCAACGACUUUGGCUACUUUGUCGAGAACUACACCGCCUGGCGUUACGCCACCUUUGUUCACCCCAACGAGGAGGGCUCGUUUGUCUACCGCUUCACGCCCAACGAGAACUUUGACCCGCGCCCGUUCGGCCUCAUGGUCCUCGUCUACUACUCGGACGCUGAGGAGAACCUGUGGCUCUCGGCCGCCUACAACUCGACCAUUGCCAUCGUCGACGCCGCACCGCUGCUCGACGCCUCGACGGCCUUCCGCUACGUCGCAGGCUUCCUGGUUCUGGCCACCGCAGCCUACCUGUACUUUUCGUCAUCGUCGUCGUCGCCCAACAAGUCGAGCAAGCGCGCUGCCGUCAAGGUCGAGGCUGGCACCGCGCCGGCCGGCCUCACUGAGGACGAUGUCGACUUCCUCCCCGCCCACCUCCGCAAGAAGGUGAUCGGCGGCAAGACCAAGAAGUCCUCCGGCAAGAACAAGCGCAAGUAAAUGCGUUCCUCUUACUCC